CGGACGAAAUUCUAAGAUCGAAGAGGAUUCGGUGAAAGAAAGCUAUAAGAAUGGAAGGGGUUGUUGCUGCCACGAAUCUCCUAAUAACGUCAACAAAACGUCAAAACCCUUCAAAAAAUCUCCUUCCUCCUCAAAUUUUGAGCUUAUUCUUCCGUUCCACCAACCGGACCUUCAAAUGUGUCAUUACAACGACCUUAGCCCCGAGGACCUGGCUGGCCUUCAAAGAUUGGCCCUCAUAGAGUUGACCAUCAUUUUUGAUCGACACCGUUUACGCGUGUCUCACAUCUCCGCCCACAAGCUGAAAGCGUUGAGGAGGAAAGAGAGGCAAGACAGGCUCAAAUCCUCCAAUAAGUGUCACAUCGAAUCUCCCUGCUGUUAUCGCGAUGAUCAAGCUGAACGCGAAAAUCAAAAUAAUAGAGAUAUUUAUUCCGUGGCUGAAGCUCGGUUAAAACAGGGGGGUUUUAAUGGCGGGCGACCUAAUAAUGGCACAAACCAGCCUCCCCUCGCGUAUUCCAGUAUACCGGCCGAUGGCGGGAUCAAUAAUGGCACCAUGUUUCAAUCUUAUUUCGACAACGUGGGGUGUUGCCUGGAGGAAAUCGUGGCCAAGGAAAGGAAGUUCGCACCAUUGACGACCGUACCUUCCUUAUUCGAAUCGAUGAUACGGUAUUUGGAACAAAAUGGAACCAAAGAGGAAGGCAUAUUCCGAGUGCCUGGCUCAUUGCAUCGAAUAAAGAGCUUGAUAAAAGCCAUCAACGAUAAUCGCCAAAUCGAUUUCUCCCAAUUUUUCCGGCUAAACAACUCGGCGGCCAACGAUAUAGCGGCUUUGCUGAAAAUGUACUUGAGAGAAUUACCCGAACCUUUACUCACCAGGAAACACGUCCUCAAUUUCUCCCAGAUAUCCAAAAUUUCUGCGUUGGAAGACCGAAUUAAAGCUCUAAACUAUUUGAUAAUUCUUUUACCCGACGUCAACAAUCGGACUCUUAGAAUGUUAAUACGAUUUCUGAAUCGGAUAUCUUUGCAUCAAAAUCAAAACAAAAUGACGACCGAUAAUAUAGCUACCAUCAUGGCGCCCAACAUAUUUCCGGAAGAAGUGCUGUCAUCUUUCUCCGACCCCUCUUCGAUGAAAGUAAUCGCCUCGAAUCAUAAUAAUGGCAAGGGCGACCAAGUUGUGCAGGGCCGGAGAAGGAGGAGACAACUUGACCAGGCUAUGCGAUCCUGUAACAUCAUCAAAUCCAUGCUAACCUACGAACACCAACUUUGGAUGGUACCCGAUGAAUUAUUAAAUCAACAUCGUCUCAUCAACGACACCAAAAAUCGAAAGAACAAAAGGAAGAAUCCCUCAGACUAUCAUGCAGCUCUAACUAACAAAAUCUUCGAUUUCAAUCAGGAGAUGAUUGACAUCGAGAUUUCUAUCGAAUUGAUGGGCCAAAAUUUUCGAAAAAUAAUAACCACUCCCAUAAACCAUUCCACCGCCAUUAAGGACGUGGUUGGAAAUUGCAAGAAAUUUCUCAAUAUGGAUUCCUGGAGAAGGAUCGGACUUUUCGAGACUGGGGGGAAUAUAGGUGAACGAUACUUAAAUCAAAAUUUAGUAUUGGUCAACGUCAUGAAAUCCAAUCCGACUUGCAACUUAGUUCUCAAGGAAAUCAAAUAAUCAUAUGUGCAAGAUUUUUUCGGAAUGCUGAUUUUCUAAAGACGCUUGUCUUCUAACUUUCGUUGGACAGUUCGUAUCUUAAUAUUUUAUUGUUUGACAAAUAGAAGUUAAUCAGCCGAUUUUGGACACACUUUUUUUUACGCCAAAAAAAUUUUUUUUUUAAUAAAACUCUUAAAAUUUAGAGAGAAAAAAAAAGAUCUCUUCACUCUGUUUUAUUUUGAUAGGUGACACUCACUCGGGAUGAGGCUAAUUUCGAUUAAAAGACGUUCGAUUUGAAAAUUAGAAAAAAUUUUAGAUAUAUUUAUCGCGAUUUUAUUUUUUCGAUAUAUAGCCAAUUUAUUUUAUUUUUUUUUAAAUUAAUUUUAAAUCUCAGAAAUUAUUAUUUUUUUUAUAUAUAAUGUAAGGCUGUUUUUAUUUAAAUCCAAUGCACCUCAUAUAUAUUUUAUGUAAAAUUUAGGAUCGAUCUUAAAUCAU